AUGGUUCCGCGUCCUCUUCUUGUUGAGGGCCCAGAGUAUGUGGACUCUGCUCAGGACGGUGGCGAGAUCAAAUUGGUUGAUUCUCACGAAAAGACAGUUUCCUGUUUCUACAGCCUGUGGUCGCUUUUCCACGGACGCCAUAAGGUUGCCCUGACUGACACAGAGACGAAGGCGGAGCAGAUCUACAAUGAACAGAAAUAUGAGAGGCCGGCGGCUGCUGACCGCGUGAACACCACGACCAGACUGACCCGUCUGAGAAGUCUAAUGAGAUCCUACGAGGUCGGCGUCUACAUUGUUCCGUCGCAGGAUGAGCAUCAAAGCGAGUACACCUCUCCCAAAGACCAGCGCCGCGAGUUUAUAUCAGGCUUCACCGGAAGUGCUGGAGUUGCCGUAGUCUCGCAGGACGACGCUGUGCUGUCGACCGAUGGCCGCUAUUUUCUCCAGGCAGAGCGGCAGCUGGACGAAAAUUGGAUUUUGCUCAAACAGGGAGUCCGAGGAGUUAUGACCUGGCAACAGUGGUGUAUUGAGAAGGCGAAGGUGUCUAAAUUUAAGACUAUUGCUGUGGAUCCACGACUGGUGGACUACAAACUUGGAACGUUCUUCCAGGAAAGAUGUCACAGCGCCAACAUCGAGUUCCUGCCCCUAAUGGACAACUUGGUCGACAAGGUGAUGAAAUAUGAGCACUACGAGCCGUCUAUUCCUCAGUUGGACUACAUUUUUGAGCACGAAAUGCGCUUCGCAGGCGAACACUCAGCAAGCAAGAUCGCGCGUGUCCAGAACUAUCUUCGAGAGACUGAUGCCUUUGCUGUGGUCGUGUCGCAACUUGAGGAAGUGGCAUGGCUUUUCAACCUUCGUGGCAGCUCUAUCCCGUACAAUCCGGUGUUUUUCUCGUACGCUAUCGUCAAGCUGGAUGGCGUUGAACUGUUUCUGGACAAGUCGAAGCUGACCCCGAGGGUGUCCAAAUAUCUAUCGACCAUUGCCGACCUCACCGUUUACAGCUACUCGCAAUUUUGGGAUAGUAUUCCCGCGCUAAGAAACCAGUCCACCGACUCCCGUGUUGUCGUGCUUUCCAACAGUUCCAGCUAUGCUCUAUAUAUGAACGUUGCUGCCGCAUUUGAGGUCAGAAACCGGUCUCUUAUCACCGAACUCAAAGGAAUCAAAAACCAAACGGAGAUAGAAGGCAACCGGUUUGCACAGCUCAAAGACUCGGUGGCACUGAUACGCACGUUUGCUUGGCUACACGAAGCAUUUUUGCCGCCUCGGGCACAGGUAGACGAGAUAGAGGUUGCUACGAAAGCCGCCCAUUAUCGGAGCCUCAUGCCCAACUUCAAAGGGCUCUCGUUUGAAACAAUAUCCAGCACAGGGCCAAACUCGUCGGUGAUCCAUUAUGCUCCGACGCUCGAAGAUUUCUCUGUGCUUGAUCCUGACCGAAUUUUCCUGCUGGACUCGGGUGCGCAGUACUUAGACGGAACUACAGAUAUUACUCGCACACUGCAUUUUAGCAAGCCGAGCUACGACGAGAUAGAAAAGUACACUUUGGUGCUGAAGGGCCAUCUGAACGUUGCCAUGCUUAAGUUCCCGCCCGGAACGUCGUCGUCGUACAUCGACUCUUUAGCUAGAAGACCGCUGGCAGAAAAGGGACUGAACUAUAACCACGGCACGGGCCACGGCAUUGAUACAUUUAUCUGUGUUCAUGCUGGGCCUUGCGGGUUGUCCCCAGCUGAGACAAGUUACAACUACAAGCCGUUGGAGCCUGGAAACUUUCUCAGCGACGAGCCGGGAUAUUACAGAGAUAACGAAUUUGGUGUCCGGAUAGAGAGCGAUUUGCUGGUCGUUGAUGCCGGAGAAUCGGACGGAACCAAGUUGUUGGCGUUUGAAUACUUCACUCUCGUUCCUUUCUGCAAGAACCUUAUCGACGUGAACCUGCUUGAGCCCGAGCAGGUCAGCUGGAUCAACGACUUCUACGACAAAAUCCGCACCUCUACUAUUCCUAUACUGGAGAAGCUUGGCGACACUAGGGCAAUUGAUUGGUUACUCAAAGAGACGGAGAAACUAUAG